GCGGAGCUCCGACGCAUUAUUAGUAGAAUGACGUCAUCAGUGUUGUGCGUGUAAAAGGCACGUAUCGUAUCGCUAGCGUGAAUCGUACAUCUAGUGGCGGUUGUUUGAUAGCUGACCAGUAUUUUUCUACCUAUGAAGUAAACUAAUGGGAUUAGAUGUGUUCGUUAUUCUGUACAUACUGUAGCUUAUGUACUCGUGUUAUUUAAGUUUAAUUUAUGUGAACAUUUUUUCUGUGAAGUACACGCGAUAAUACGGUGUUUUAUGUACCCGUAAUACCAGCGACACCGCGACUCUCCUGCACUUCGGGAUAAGCUUGGUAUUAUCACCGUCUAAAUGAGAAAAAAAAGAUUUGAAAAAUUGAACAGUAACAAUGAAAUAAAAUUCUUCUUGAUUGACAACAUUGUCGGUCAUUUCCAUUUUCCACAGAAAAAUGGAAGGUGAGCAACAUCACUACGAACUCCGUAGUAGGAGUCGGUCCCGAUCGCAGACACCUCAGGUUUUGAACCGUAGUUUAAAUGACAUCGAAUUACCUGAACAUCAUUAUGAUUUGCGAAGCCGUAGCCGGGAGAGGUCUCAUACACCAGGGGAAGUGACCAGCAGCCGUCGAUCAGGGUCUAGAUCAUUACCUGGCAGUAUUGGUAAAUCUCCUGAGAAAAGUAUGGAGACUAUAACAGAACAGAAGGAGGAAGUUGAGAACCAGAAUCAACAAAAUCAAACGACGAAGUCAUCGCUGAGCGUAAAGAAAGUCGAGCGUCGUUCAGAGCGUCAAAAAGCUAAGAGACAGAUAUUCUCAAAUGGACAAAGCGAGACAAAUGAAAAUAGAAACAACUCGAAAGCAGAAAGGGAAAGACAGAGUUUGACGCCAAGGCGAAUAUUCACCAGUGAUUAUUCUUCCGAAGAAGGCGAUCAAGAAGAUAGAGAGGAGAGAGAAGACCCUCCAAGUAGACCUGGUUCAGCUUAUGAAAUCUACAAGCAAGCUGGGGAUUGGUGGAAUGUAUUCCCAAAAACUGAUUACACCUAUUCCCAAAAAUCGCAAUUCCGAUACGAAAUUGCCCCAGGCGUUAUGGCCAUGCCUAACAUGUCGCGUCGGUCAAUUCACUCCGACACAAGCAGCACUCAUGGUAGUAUACCAUCAACGAGUCAACAAAAUCUCAGUCAAUCGUCAACCCAGUUACUAGGAGACACAAUGAGCCAAGUAAGCAGAGAAAGUGUUGGCAAGGAAUUGUCGUCUGCAGAUGAUCUGUUCUUGCGUACUCGGCAAUCGGAUUCAAUAGCUAGAGCCAAGCUGUACAAAACUACGCAUGUAGAGCAGUACAGUAGUCGCAGGGAAGUGAUUUACUCCAAUUCUGGAGAGACAAAGCCGGUACUCGGUUUACGCGAUAGAUACUGGGAUGACUCUUUUGCAUCGUCACCGGUGUCACGCAGAUACGAACCUCUCUUACAUGCUGAUUCUGAUGUAGAUAUAGAUGAUACCAUAUCUUCAGUUGAUGGACACAGAAGAUUAUACAUGGAACGGCAACAAAAGGAGUUGAAUAUAUUUAUGAAAAUCUACACCAGCGUUAUUACUUUUAUGCUUACAAGCUACACCAGUCUUAAGAAUUACGUUGGGCUUGGUGAAAACCGAAGGUUGUACUCACCCUCUUACAGUUACAGACAGCAAAGUGAAUCGAGAUGGACCAAAGCGUGGCGUUCAAUUGAUAGCGUGUUACAAAAUUUGUAUUCGUUAUGCGUGCACUUUUUAUUCCUGGAUACAUGGCUUCUGAAUCGCACCGCCCCAGUAACACAGCGGAUUCCGGAUCGUCGUAGAAAACUAUUCUGGAUUAUACUACUACCGCUACUUCUUCUGGGUGGUCUAUGGCUAUUGUCAUACAGUUUUUCAAACUUAAGCUCCGCGCUGCCACUGGUCACUUACCCGAUGUCAAUUUUAUCAUCGAUAUUUUAUUCUAUGUCAAGCAGCAAUCAAAUCACAGAUGGUUCUAGAAAUCAAGCAAUCGUGACACCAGUGAAAAUAUCAUCUUCUGCUGACUCUUUGAAAUUAAGCGAUACACAAAAUUAUGGGUGGAAUGAAAAAAUUGUGGUUUCACCCGUUGCCAGUAGUCUAGGAUUUGAUAAAGAGAAAGAAAAAGAAUUGGAUUCUAUUAUUUCACUACUGGUUGAAAGAGUCAAUGAUGCUUUGACCAACAUCAAACAAGACCAAGAUGUCAUUGUAUCUCAGAUCGGCAGCUAUGUAGACUUAAGAAAAGAAUAUGAAGAAAAGUUGGCUGCUAUAGAGAAAAAACUGGAAGAGAAGGAACAACUGCUACUCGCAUCUAGUGCAAACGAUAUAAAUGCUAUUAAAAUUGAACUACAUUCAUUGCGUGAAUUACAAUCAGAGUUAAAAUCAUGCUGCGAUAAAGCAGCCGUAGUGCCUGAAAUCGAAGUCGAGAAGCAUGUUAGCAAUAUUUUAGCUGGAUAUUUUGGUACCGAAAAUGAAGGUGGAACAGUAAAACUGUCGAAAGAAGAUCUUGCCAACACCAUAAAGAACCUAUUUAUUGCUAAAAAUGAUUUAGAAGCAAGAAUAGCCAGCAUCAAUUCAACUCUCGAAAUUAACACACGAGACGUUCAAGACUUGGCUGACAAAGUAAUGUCCGAAAUUACCAACAAAAUAAAUACGAGAUACUUAAUACGUAAUGAUGGCGGUGGUGACGAGGGUGAUAGUAAUGGAGGUUUAACGGAAAGGGAUGUUCGUAAAAUUGUGACAAAUGCUUUGAAAAUCUAUGAUGCUGAUAAAACUGGAAGAGUAGAUUAUGCCCUGGAAUCAGCUGGAGGGCAGAUCCUCAGCACACGGUGCACCCAGAAAUACAAUUUGGACACAAGGGCGUACACAAUUUACGGAUACAUAUUAUUUUACCAAAACACAAAUCCGCAAACCGUUAUACAAGGAGAUCCUAUACAGCCUGGAAAGUGUUGGGUAUUCCAAGAUUUCCCGGGAUAUUUGCUUAUUAAAUUGCGAACCAUGAUAAACGUGACAGGUUUCACCAUAGAACAUGCACCGAGAUCUAUUCUUCCAAAUAGUGACAUGAGAAGCGCUCCACGAAAGUUCAACGUUUGGGGAUACAACAAUGAGAGUGACAAGGAACCGGUACAAUUCGGUGAUUACGAGUUCAAGGAUUCCGACGAAAGUUUACAGUAUUUUCCUGUUCAGACUACACUAAACAAGUCUUACGAAAUUGUGGAAUUGAGAAUUCACAGUAAUCAUGGACAGAUACAUUACACCAGUCUCUACAGAUUCAGGGUGCAUGGCAUACCUGCAUAAUUAUUUUAAAACGAUAUAAAUAAUGCAUAACUACCUGGAAUUGCGUGAGUGCUUUUGUAAUAUAAUAUGAAUAUACAGUUGGCCUUAUAUGUUUUUCGUCAUACAACCGGGCUGAUACAUUGUGAUCUUUGAUGGCAUGGUCAGCAUUUGGCCAGGUUGGUAUUGUUGAAAAGCAUACAAUUCUAUGAAUACAUUGUAAUUAUUAUGAUAUUUGACAGCCACAUUGAAUUCAUAUGAUUGUAAUGCAGGCCUGUGUACAAACAAAUUACUUGUUAAAGAAACGUGAUGGAAAUCUGCUACAACAAAUAAUACACGCUGCCUGUUCGAAUUAGUUUAGUUAUUUUAACCAAUCGUGACAUCAAUUUAUCUAAUGUUUUGUAGUCGUAUUCGUUCAUCAUCAGCAUCAUCAAUGUGCGGUACUAUGGUCAUAGUUUUACCAAAAUGAAAGCAAUAAUUUUUCGAGCAAUUUCAUACAUGUAGGAUCGUUUAUUAUGAUAAAUUUCUGAGUACAAUAGGAACGUGGAAUUUUAUGAAACAUUCUGUUACCAAGGCGGCUAUGUCUGGCGAAUAUGUAACAUGCUUGCAGAUAACGUGAGACAAAGAAAAAACAGUAAGAAAGGAUACAAAUGUCUUGAAUAUAAAACAUAACUUGCAAUUCAAUUUUCGAAUAAUUUUUAUUCUCUACUGUUGAGUCGUUAUCAAUGUUUUUGUUUCACCUCACAUUUUUCUUAAAUGACUCCUGAAUCAUUCGAAUAAAUAGACUUGACACAUCAUGGUUACGAAAUGACAAUAAAAGAGGCAUACUAUUAAUUCAUUUCUAAGAUGGCAAAUUUAAAGAGCAUCUAUUUAGAAACGACUCAAUAUUUACACAGAUUUGUAUAUUUUUAAUUUGGAUUACGGAUAUUUAUGAUUCGAAUAGGGUACUCUGAUUUAUUAACUAUUUAAGAACCUAGUCAUAAGUAGUGCUUGCUAGAAUUAAAAUUAGUAUACCGCGUUAUUUAAAUACUUGCAUAAAACUUGGUGUCGCAUAAUUAUUCGUUUUUUUUCCUUUUUUUUUCGUGCUGAUUCUAAUUAUUUCACACGCUCAAUUGUUUGAAAUAUCUUUAAAUGUGAGGAAAUAAUCACAUGAUAAAGCAUAGUCUGUAAACUGAUAAGUAUGUAAUUUUAAGGGCCAAAAAUUAGGUUAAGAACCAUUCUUAGUAGUUUCGAAAUAUUAGCAUUCGAUUAAAACUAUCUUACUUAAGGGGGUGUCCUAGUGGAUUUAGAUGUCAUAUACAUCUUGAAUUAUCCAAGUCCUCGUAUCUCAAACGUAAAAAAGACAUAACUAAGCUAAGGACAUGACUAAGCUAAGAAUGACCAAAAAUAAUCGAUAAUUUUUUCCUCGCAAUUGGUUUUUAUUUUUUGACUCCCAUGAACGAUGCAAUACAAUAUCAAUUUAUGUGA